GAGGUCACGAUCCAAGUCCGCAGCACCGGCAUUUGCGGGUAUGUUUCCAUUCUUUGCCUCCAAGACCCCUCCUGUUCCCAGCUCCUUUCCCACCCUCGUUCCAACCAUUCGACCCAACUAACAUCGAUGCCACCCCCACCACCAGCUCCGACGUCCACUUCUGGCACGCCGGCUGCAUCGGCCCGAUGAUCGUGACGGGCGACCACAUCCUGGGCCACGAAUCCGCGGGGCAAGUCAUCGCGGUCGCGCCGGACGUGACCUCGCUGAAGCCGGGGGACCGGGUGGCGAUCGAGCCGAACAUCAUCUGCAACGCGUGCGAGCCGUGCCUGACGGGGCGGUACAACGGGUGCGAGCGGGUGCAGUUCCUGUCGACGCCGCCGGUGGACGGGCUGCUGCGGCGGUACGUCAACCACCCGGCGAUCUGGUGUCACAAGAUCGGGGACGAGAUGAGCUACGAGGACGGGGCGCUCCUCGAGCCACUGAGCGUGUCGCUGGCGGCCAUCGAGCGCAGCGGGCUGCGGCUCGGGGACCCGUGCCUGAUCACGGGCGCCGGGCCGAUCGGGCUGAUCACGCUGCUGAGCGCGCACGCCGCGGGCGCCACGCCCCUCGUCAUCACGGACAUCGACGCCAGCCGGCUGCAGUUCGCGCAGGCCCUCGUGCCCGGCGUGCGCACCUACCAAGUCCAGACCACCAAGUCCGCUGAAGAAAACGCCGCCGGCGUGAUCCGCGUCUUCAACGACGCAGAUACGAACUUCGACAUCGACAGCCCCACCACCCUCCGCCCGCGCAUCGCGCUCGAGUGCACCGGCGUCGAGAGCAGCGUGUGCUCCGCGAUCUGGAGCGUCAAGUUCGGCGGCAAGGUGUUCGUGAUCGGCGUGGGCAAGAACGAGAUGACCAUCCCCUUCAUGCGCCUCAGCACCCAGGAGAUCGACCUCCAGUACCAGUACCGCUACUGCAACACCUGGCCCCGCGCCAUCCGCCUCGUCCGCAACGGCGUCAUCAACCUCCGCAAGCUCGUCACCCACCGCUUCGCCCUCGAGGACGCCCUCCAGGCCUUCGAGACCGCCGCCAACCCCCGCACCGGCGCCAUCAAGGUCCAGAUCUUGAGCGACGAGGCGGAUGUCCGCGCUGCUUCCGCUGGUCAGAAGCUGUAGCGGCCGUUACGAAAUGAAAUGAAUAUGCUUCACUUGUGUUUUUGGAUGUCGGGCUGGUUUUUGCUGGUGUGGGUUUAUUAGAGGGAGGUGACUGG